CGCUGCUCAUGGAGCCGCAGAGCUGGAGGACGAGCCCCGGCCAGGGAUGAAGCUUCCUGCCGAGACACUGGUCCUGUGCACGGAGAACAGCUUCGCUAGCGGACGUUACCUCCACCAGGACUCAUGGAUCUGAAGAGAGUGCUGUCCUUCCCUCCAUACCCUGGGGAUUACCUGCAUCCAGUGGUGUAUGCCUGCACUGCAGUCAUGCUGCUCUGUCUGCUCGUCUCCAUAAUGACUUACAUUGUCCACCACAGUGUGAUUCGCAUCAGCAGGAAUGGCUGGCACACACUCCUCAACUUCCUUUUUCAUACUGGACUGACAUUUGGAGUUUUUGCUGGCGGCAUCAAUCAGAUCAACUUACCAUUUGUGUGUCAGAUUGUUGGUAUUGUGCUCCACUAUGCUUCUUUGUCUACCAUGCUGUGGCUGACGUUUACUGCUAGAAACAUCUGUAAAGAUGUGUCCAAAGACCCACUUCAAGCCCAGGACAGGAAUGCAGCAGCCCAAAGUCACACUAAACCAACUAUCCUCAGAUUUUAUCUUGUAAGUGAUGGAAUCCCCCUCAUAAUUGUUGGAGUUACAGCAGCAUUUGGUAUGGAUAACUAUGGCAGUAGGGAUGACGCUUUAUAUUGCUGGAUGGCAUGGGAACCAAGCCUGGGAGGGUUCUAUGCCCCUAUGAGUCUUCUGGUCUUAGUCAUGUCUGUGUACUUUUUGUGCACCUACAUCCAACUUAAACGCCACCCAGAGAGAAAAUACGAGCUGCGGGUUCUCAGGGAGGAGCAGCAGCAGUUGUCAUCUAAUGAGUCAAACCACCACUGCCCCACUGAUAGUGGGGGAUCAUCAGGGCCAGCUGGGGACUGUCCACCAUUUGCUGCCGGCAUAUCAGUACUGGCCAAUGAGCACUCAUUUAAAUCCCAGCUCCGGGCCACAGCCUUCACCCUGUUUCUGUUCCUGGCUACCUGGGCUUUAGGAGCAUUAGCAGUAUCACUGGGACAUUUUCUGGAUAUGAUAUUCAGCUGUCUGUAUGGGGCUUUUUGUGUCACUCUGGGACUCUUUCUUCUAAUCCAGCAUUGUGCCAAACGUGAUGAUGUGUGGCACCGUUGGUGGGCUUGUUGCCCAUCCAAGUCCAAGACAGAUGACAGGAAUGGGGAUGGACAGAGCCAGAGGCAGGAGCUCCAUCAGUCACACUGCCACCUGAACCCCACAUUCUCAGGCAAACAGUCGCUGCUUGCUCCUCACCUUAUGCAAAGUCCUUACCACAAAAUAACACCACCUCCCCAGAGCUCAACACCAAAUCAUACGGCUCCAUGCUGUUUAGCUGUGAUGAGUCCCGUCAGCGCAUCCCCCAUCACUCCCCUCAUUGAGCCAGUGCCCUCACCACGCCCACAGUCACUUCCCGAUGAGCUCCCUCGUCCAACUCUUCCUCUACAGAGCUGCCUUACCGACAGAACGAAGUCACGCUCCUUUAACCGUCCUCGCCCGUUACUCCAAGACUAUCGCUCUCACAUGACCUCUACAAGUAUGGAUGAGAGUGUGCACAGUUCUCACCUUGACAGCCCUCAUGCUGCACACCAUCUUGACAGCUCACCACUGGUUUCCCACAGCCCACACCCAGAUCUCCAACUUCCCUGUCCCAGCCCUCAAUUGGAUAAGCAGUUGGCUUCAUCCCACAGCUUGCAACGCCAGACGUCCUGCCACAGCGUACAAGAUUCAAUGGCUUCCUGCCACAGCCACGCCCACAACAUGCAUGACAGCAUCACUUCCUGUCACAGCCUACUCCUGCCUUCACACGGGGUUCACACAUGCCAGUGGCGCAUGUACAGCUCAGCUGACCACUCUUCCAGCACAAGCUGUUGUGAUAAGUCCAAUCCCUUCACCUUGCAAUACCAGCAAGACCCUGACACUUACAGCUGCAUGUCAAAGACAGCAGACCAACAGAAAGACAAUCUCUGCGUAGAGGUGGAGCAUAAAGGUUUCCCAAGAAAUACCCUGCCGCGGCAGCAUGCCACCAUCAGCCGGCGAGGUGCCAUCGGGCGAAACAGGAGUCUGCAAGAAGACGGCCUGUUUGGUUCAGAUGCCACAGGAAACAUACGGACUGGCCCUUGGAAGAAUGAAACCACAGUAUAG